AUGGCGAUCAAGGAUGUGGCAACGGCGCUGACCAUGCUGGCGAUGUUGGGGAUGAUCAUGGGACAGCCAGGGAUGCCGAAGAAGCUGGAGAAGGAACACAUCUGUGCUGGGUGCAGAGCUACCGUGACGGAGAUCGCCAAGAAGGCAGGGCCUGCCCACAAGAGGUUUGAGAGCAGGGUCAUGGAAGUCAUGGACGAAGUCUGCAAGAUGGAAAGUUUCCGUAUCUACGACUUCCCCCCUCCGACAAUGGUGCAAGCCUGCAAGGUGUUCCUAGGCGAUCAUGAGGAUACUGUGGAGCAAUCGAUCCUUGCGCAGAAGAGCGACUCGCUUGAAACCCUGAUAGACAAAAUUUGCUGGAAGCAGACAAAGGUUUGCGAGGGAGUAGACACAACAAAGCAAGAGAGACCGACGGUGUACAUGGAUGGAAAACCCGUCGGAGCAAAGUCAGAAGAGCUGUGA